AUGAAUUCCAACGACGAACAAAAUGCGACAGGAGAACCAAUGGUAACUAAUAACAAUGCUAUUGAUUCGAUAGAAGAUAUCUUAAUUGCGAAUAAUAUUCAAUAUAUAAUUCUUCAAUUAUUUCAAUUGAUUUCUAUUCCUUGUUAUUUAUUUUUAUUUUAUCAUAUUUGGAAAAGAUCAACAAUUCGAAAAGCAAUUGAUAUGCAUGUAUUUAUAUUGAUUCUUCUAUUAAGUUUUAUCACAUUAAUUGGUGAUAUUUCUGUUUUUCUUCAUUAUUUACGUAUUAAUUCAGUUUGGCCAUGUAAUCAUUCAUUAUGUUUAUAUUGGAUGUGGAUAGAUAAUCUUUGUUAUACUUUGGGUAUGUGGUUAAUGACAUGGGCAUCGAUUGAACGUCAUAUUUUGAUAUUUCAUCGAAAUCUAUUGAAUACUUUCAAAAAACGUCUAAUAGUUCAUUACAUUCCUCUAACACUUUGUAUUGUUUAUUGUUGCAUUUAUUCGUCCUAUUUAAUUUUUGGAUAUCCAUGUGAAAACGUAUUCGAUUGUGCAUCAGUUCUUUGUGGUUCUGCUUGUGCAUACAAUGAUUUUAAUCUUGCACAAUAUGAUACAAUUACUAACUCAAUAGUAACAACUAUUCUUAUCGUUUUAUGUAGUAUUUCUCUCUUAUUUCGUGUUCUUUGGCGAAAAUAUCGCUCUCAUCAACGAUUACGAUGGUCUAAAAUUCGAAAAAUGACUAUACAGCUUUUGUCAAUAUCAUGUCUCUAUAUGAUUACUACAAUUCCAAUUAACUCAGAAUAUUUAAUUGGUUUUGUAUCGAUGGAGAGUGUUGGUUAUACAUAUCUCUCCAAUAUGAUGUAUUUACUCUAUUGCUUCUUACCAUUUGUUUGUCUUACUACUUUGCCAGAACUUCGACAAAAAGUACAAAUAUGUCAUUUUCAUCGACGUCAUCGUGCUGUUGCACCUCUUUUUCUCCUUCAUAAAACACCAAAAAUGAUACACACAAGAUUACCAUUGAACAAAAACAAUAAUUAA